UCACCAUCUAUAAGCAGGUCAACUUAUGAAAUAAAUACACGCCACAAAAGUACACACCAAGGGCAAAUUUCACAGAUUAAGCCCACUCCUGGACAAAACAAAUCAAGCUCAUUGAAAGUGCUUUCAGUGCAGGACUAGGAUUAUUUUAGUAGAUGUCAACUAGCAGGACAUACAUGUUUAAGUCAUGUUCAAUCCUACAAUUUCCAACCUCUACAAUCGAACAUCAUCAGAUCAUCUUUGAAAUGAUUAUUGAUUGUCAAAUAAAGAUCCCAAUCAGUCCCUCCACUGUAGUUGCUCCUCCUCAUUGUCUUGCUGAUUACUUGAAUUUCUCUUAGAAAAUGAAGGGGAAAGGAAUGCAUUUACUGUAAGUGCAUUGUGAUUCACAAGGAAAUAAAGCAGCCUGUUUAAGUGAGUUCUCGGGGCAGUACAAGGUGUACCAGUAUAAAAGCUGCAGUUGUAGGUUGCUCCUUCACACUACUGGACAUAAUGAGGACCCUGCUACUUACAGCCAUGCUGCUGGUGCUGCUCUGUAACACUCAAGUGCUCACACUCAGGUGUUACACCUGUGACAUGGCUGAUGCUGACUGCAAGCAAGAGACAGAAUGUCCACCAUCGAGCAUGUACUGCAGAACUGUGGUGACUGCGGACACAGUGACUCGUACCUGUGAGGAGAUGUGUGCCUCGGGUGUCAACGUCUACUGUUGCCAGGGAGACCUGUGUGAGAACUGACAUGAUCCACAGAGAGCUAUCGCCACUAAACACUUUCACCUUCUGUUUAAAUACAGUAGAAUGUUGUGUGGAAAAUACAUUAGAAUAUCGGGAUACAUUAUAACCUUUGAAUAACAUAGAUUUACAUUUGAGCCAUUUAGCAGACACUCUUAUCUAACGUACAUUUAGUGCAUUCGUCUUAAGAUAGCUAGGUGAGACAACCACAUAUCACAGUCGUAGUAAGUACAUUUUUCCUCAACAAAGAAGUUAUCAGCAAGUCAGUGCUAUUAUUUGUGAUAAUCUUAACAAAAACUAAACCUUAUGAAUCUAUGAAUAUUUUGGGUACAGCAAGUCCUUUGAACGAUUGAUCUGUUUCUGCUGUCCUUCUAUGGCUUGAAUUAAUGCCAUUAAACUAUGAUAUUCACAGAUGUGGAGGUUUUACAGCAAUGAGGAUUUCCAAUGCCUGAGCUGUGAUGCUGGUGUGUCACUUUUAUAAAUUAAUACUAAGAGGCGCCCCAGCCAGGCAGCUAGUGUAGCCUCUCCUAAUCUCCUCUCUCUCCUGAUGCUCCUGAGUGGGUCAUGCUGGCUCAUGGCCUCCUGCUGGGAUGUGGGUCGCCAGACAGUGACAAUGCCUGCCUGUUGUAGCCGUAUGCAUCUGGGCAGGCAGGAUUACCUAAAUCCCUCCGAUGAGGGGGAGUUGUGGAGAACCUGUACGACUCACCUGGCAACUCAACUCCACUCUCCCUCCCUCUGAAAAAAGUAUGCUUGAUCAUGGUGUAGUUUGCUUUGUUUUUGAGAGAUUAAGAACGAAGAAAAUGGAAGUAAUCGUAUGUUUUUGAGGGAGAAAAUAGGAAGACUUCAUACAUAUAAAAUCAUCUUAUUCUGCUUAACUGUAGAUAAGGCAAAUGUUUAAAUGUCGUCACUCAGCACACGUCAAGACGUCUAUUCAACGUCUAUUCGUUUAUUCAACGUCUAACGUCUAUUCAACGUCUAUUCGUCUAUUCAACGUCUAACGUCUAUUCAACGUCUAUUCGUCUAUUCAACGUCUAACGUCUAUUCAACGUCUAUUCGUCUAUUCAACGUCUAUUCGUCUAUUCAACGUCUAACGUCUAUUCAACGUCUAACGUCUAUUCAACGUCUAUUCAACGUCUAACGUCUAUUCAACGUCUAUUCGUCUAUUCAACGUCUAUUCGUCUAUUCAACGUCUAUUCGUCUAUUCAACGUCUAACGUCUAUUCAACGUCUAUUUGUCUAUUCAA